AUGUUGAAACGCAACUGCUCUGAUUACAUUCAAGAGAAUCAUCAAGAACAAAUCGACCGAGCAAUUUUCAGGCAUUCCUUACCCAAUGACUUCCUCAACUGUCUCCUCUCUGCUUGGCACGGACUUCCGUUUGUGUCAAAAGACAACACAUUAGUGACAACAAUCAAUGGAACAGGAGCAAGAAAGCUAAAAUCUUUGGUAUUUUCACGUGUUCUUACCGUCUUCGCUACUGUCGCUCUCGUCUCUCUCUUAGCUCUAGAUGGAAACUCGAGGAAGCUCUUUUGUGGUCUUUCAGCUACUAUUUUCUCCAUCAUCAUGUACGCUUCACCACUCUCCAUCAUGAGAUUGGAGAUAAAGACAAAGAGUGUAGAGUACAUGCCAUUCUUCUUGUCUCUUUGUGUGUUCCUCUGUGGAACCUCAUGGUUUGUUUACUGUCUCAUUGGGAAGGAUCCAUUUGUUGCAAUUCCAAAUGGAUUCGGAUGUGCAUUAGGGACGUUGCAACUGAUACUGUACUUGGUAUACUUUAGAAACAACAAAGCCGAGAAAACCAAAGCACAGGAGGAGAAGANGAAGACUGGAGAUGAGCAAUGA